CUACCUCUGAACCUGAUUGCUGCCAUUAUCUCGUUUCUUGAUGACCCUGCAGAUCUUGCGCGAGUCACUCGAACAUCACGCCUGCUACACUAUAUGACACUGCCACAACUGUAUCACCGCGUGCAUCUACACUCCUACAGCGAAACCCGAUAUGUGAACGGAAAGCCGGAGGGCUUCGGGAGCGGGUCUCCGUUCAUGAUGGCCUUGAACGGGCUUGCGACGAAGAGUCAUGCCGCUCUUGUGUCGGAAUUGAGGCUGUGGGGCCAGUGGAAAGAGUUGGGCAUUGAAGACUUCGCCAAAGGAGUAAUACCAAAUGGUACAAUCAUGCUCGGGAUCAUCCUUCGAGCGGCGAUCGACAAGAUGGUCAGGCUCAAUUCGUUCUCUUGGGAGCUGGAUUCCAGUCCUACGAAGACGCUUUACCUUGGUUUGGCCGCACGAGAUACGUUGACGAGUCUGACGCUAAGAUUUCCCUCUGCGCGGGUACCGAGACCUUUUGUGCUCAUUCCGCCUAUGCAAAACUUGAGAAGCUUCAAAGCGCUCGACAUCGACCCACUAUGCUAUCCGGACGACAUCAGUCUGCUUCUGCUCCAUUCGCGCGAACUACGAGAUCUGCGCCUACACUUUUCCCCACGAAUGCGGUCCGAGGCGGAAAACAGCCUCGCUCUUUCCACUUUCUUCGGUAAAUGCGUACAGGCCAACUACAAGCUCAAAUUGAAGCAUUUCGCUCUGUGCAACUUCUUCGGUCCGAACGACUCCGGCGGGCUAGGACAGAUCCUCGACGAAGAGUCAUUAGAAUCGCUCACGAUGCUUGACGUAUGGGGAGGUACUGAUCCUCGUACCGUCUGGGUUGAUGAGAGUUGGAAGCGAAUUGAGAAGACGCCGGGCCCGUCUUUAAAGCGAGUCCGAAUUAACGAAGUCUCUGGAGCCCACAUUCGUCUAUCGUCCCAAUCAAAGCUGGGUGUGGAGCGGAUGUAUCUUGUGAACGCAAAGCGACCAAGGACAGGAUAUACGCCAUCAGCAAGCGCAGGCAGUUCGUGUACACCGGGAGCACUGACGACCCCUUCUCCUGACACGUCCUCCACCCCGGUCGACCCUGACUACGAGGAAGUUGCUAUUUGCAAGGAGUAUCUUGGGUCCAUCACCCAGUUCCAUGGCCACACAUUGAGACAUCUCCUGUUACGCGACAUUUGGGCCUUGGACGAAGACGAUGUGGCCAUGCUCGUUCGGCGCUGUCCAAAUCUAGAACAGCUAGGGGUGGCAAUUAAAGAUGCCGACCAGUCCAUCUUGAUGAGGCACAUGCCUUUUCUGACCAAGCUUCGAGCCCUGAGGAUUCUUUACAACGACUCGCUCGUCGAGCGUAUGCGAACGCUCUCUCACGAGGAAAUCAUACUUGGUCUUGAACCAGCGUUGGCUAGACCACCAAUUCCUGUCAUUGAGGUGAUUGGGCUCGGAGAUGUGAUCUACAAAAUCGGGAGAGUUGUC